GGCAGGUCCUUGCAACAAGCCUGAGCAAGCUUUAGCAAGAUGAAGGGUAUUAAACAGCUUCUGCAGCCUAUCUCUUGACCAUGGAUGUAGCAGGACUCAACUUCUAUCAAGCCCACUGGCCUCUGUGUGAGGCUUCGUUGCUUCCAGGAGUUGAUUACCACUUAGGCAUGGCAGAGCGGCCUCAGGUACUGUCCCAGGAAACUCUAAACCAGAUGAUGUCCUCAGAGGGCAUAGACACUGGCCAUCUGAAGGCAGGGCCACUCUCUCUCCCCCUGCACUCCCAGUCAACAGAUAUGGCACCCAAGCCACUACUUCGCUUGCAGAGUAUUGAAGAAGGGAAAGCCCCCUUUCCACCAUCCCGGAGAAGCUCCAUCAUGAGCAUCCUCAAUGCUCCCUUUCCCAGCAGGAGGAACUCGCUGGCUGCUGGGGGAAGGCGGCUCUCCAUUGGACCCUGGAUGCAUUGCGGUCGAGUGAGUUUCUCUGGGUUACCACUCUUUGAACCCAUGCGGGAGACGCACUAUGAAAAUAGCUACAAGACGAAGCCAGAUGAAGGCUGCAAAUUUAAUGCCUCCCAAGUGCAGCAAGUUCUUGAAUCUGUCCUAGCCACCUACCUAGGGGAUGCCAAGUAUAACCCUGCAAACGGCGGGCAGGUGGCCAAGAACCUGUCAGACCUCAUCCGGAACAGAAUCAAAGAGCUGAUCCCACCUCGCUACAAGCUGGUGUGUAACGUCUUUCUGGGCCAACAGGCCAACCAAGGUCUGCGCAUUGCUAGUCAAUCCCUCUGGGAUGUGGAGAACGACAGUUUUGCAUCUGCCACUUUCACUAACUCAUCACUCUUUGUUGUGGCCACAGUUCAUGGGCUCUAUUUUGAAUGAGCUUGCUUUGCUGAUCCUAAAGUUCCUUCUCCCUUACCUGUUGUGACAAGCUAGCAAUAAAAUAAAUACAUAAUGUGA